AUGGCAUGUUACUCAUUAAGCUCUCUACUUUUCCUCCUUUUAGCAUUCCUGAUGCUAUCAGCUAGUUCAAAUGCUGGCAAAAUUGCUAUCUAUUGGGGGCAGAAUGGAAAUGAAGGUACUCUAUCUGAGACUUGUGCCACAGGAAACUAUGACUAUGUGAACAUAGCUUUUCUACCAACUUUUGGCAAUGGCCAAAUUCCGACGAUCGACCUAUCCAGCCACUGCGACCCGUCCAGCAGUGGCUGCAUCGGUCUAAGCUCCGACAUAAAAUCAUGCCAAGCAAGAGGCAUCAAGGUCAUCCUCUCCAUCGGAGGAGGCGCGGGAAGCUACUCUCUCGCCUCCUCCUCCGACGCCAGGCACGUCGCGACUUACCUUUGGAACAACUUCUUAGGGGGACACUCGCCUUCUCGCCCGCUCGGGGCAGCCAUUUUGGAUGGAAUUGACUUUGACAUUGAAGGAGGGACAAACAAGCACUGGGGUGAACUUGCAAAGUACCUCAAAACGUACAGCAAAAAGGAUAAUAAAAAAGUUUACUUAACUGCAGCCCCUCAGUGCCCUUUCCCUGAUGCUUGGAUUGGAGAUGCUCUUAAAACAGGCCUUUUUGACUACGUUUGGGUUCAGUUCUACAACAACCCUCCUUGCCAAUACACGUCUAGUGAUCUUUCUAACCUUGAAAAUUCAUGGAAAAAGUGGAUUUCCGAUGUCCCAGCGAAGAAGAUCUUCCUUGGCUUGCCUGCUUCGCCGCAAGCGGCUGGCAGUGGAUUCAUCCCAGCUGAUGAUCUUGUUUCCAAAGUUCUUCCGGUUAUUACGGGCUCUUCUAAGUAUGGAGGAGUAAUGUUGUGGUCCAAAUAUUAUGAUGACCAAACUGGAUAUAGCUCUUCCAUUAAGAGCCAUGUCUGA